GUUUAAACACCUGAAACUAUGGUUACAUCAACACUGUUCUGAAAGGCUCUUCGCCUUAUUACUGAUACGACUAUGAUAACAUGUAUGAUAGUUCACUGCUCCUCAAUGAAGUGGAUGUCGAUUAAGACAGCUCCCCGCACCUCUGAUUCAGAGGGGUUGGGUUAAAUGCAGAAGACACAUUUCUGUUGAAUGCAUUCAGUUGUGCUACUAAUUAGGUAUCCCUUUUCCUUUCACAGUGAACUAGAACAUAAAACAGGUUUAAAACAGGUCCAUGACCAGUUCUAGGUGCAAUGCUUUUUCUCUUCUAAAUAUUUUGGUGGAUGAGAGACAUCUUGUGGUGGAAUAAGCUCAUUGCAGGUCGCUGGGAUUAAGAGUAGUAUUAGUGGUAUUCUGUAUAUGCAACUGGUCUUAUUGAAUAUGUUUUAUUCACUAACCUGUCUUUUCAUAUCCCCCUCUCUGUCCUGUAGCCUCUAGCUCCAUGUUCUGCCUCUGUCCUGUAGCCCCUAGCUCCAUGUUCUGUCCUGUAGCCCCUAGCUCCAUGUUCUGUCCUGUAGCCCCUAGCUCCAUGUUCUGUCCUGUAGCCCCUAGCUCCAUGUUCUGUCCUGUAGCCCCUAGCUCCAUGUUCUGUCCUGUAGCCCAUAGCUCCAUGCUCUGUCCUGUAGCCCCUAGCUCCAUGUUCUGUCUCUGUCCUGUAGCCUCUAGCUCCAUGUUCUGUCCUGUAGCCCCUAGCUCCAUGUUCUGUAUUGUAGCCCCUAGCUCCAUGUUCUGUCCUGUAGCCCCUAGCUCCAUGUUCUGUCCUGUAGCCUCUAGCUCCAUGUUCUGUCCUGUAGCCUCUAGCUCCAUGUUCUGUCCUGUAGCCUCUAGCUCCAUGUUCUGUCCUGUAGCCCCUAGCUCCAUGUUCUGUCCUGUAGCCCCUAGCUCCAUGUUCUGUCCUGUAGCCCCUAGCUCCAUGUUCUGUCCUGUAGCCCCUAGCUCCAUGUUCUGUCCUGUAGCCCCUAGCUCCAUGUUCUGUCCUGUAGCCCCUAGCUCCAUGUUCUGUCCUGUAGCCCCUAGCUCCAUGUUCUGUCCUGUAGCCCCUAGCUCCAUGUUCUGUCCUGUAGCCCCUAGCUCCAUGUUCUGUCCUGUAGCCCCUAGCUCCAUGUUCUGUCCUGUAGCCCCUAGCUCCAUGUUCUGUCUCUGUCCUGUAGCCUCUAGCUCCAUGUUCUGCUUCUGUCCUGUAGCCUCUAACCCCCUGUUCUGCCUCUGUCCUGUAGCCUCUAACCCCCUGUUCUGCCUCUGUCCUGUAGCCUCUAACCCCCUGUUCUGCCUCUGUCCUGUAGCCUCUAACCCCCUGUUCUGCCUCUGUCCUGUAGCCUCUAACCCCCUGUUCUGCCUCUGUCCUGUAGCCUCUAACCCCCUGUUCUGCCUCUGUCCUGUAGCCUCUAACCCCCUGUUCUGUCUCUGUCCUGUAGCCUCUAGCUCCAUGUUCUGUCCUGUAGCCCCUAGCUCCAUGUUCUGUCCUGUAGCCCCUAGCUCCAUGUUCUGUCUCUGUCCUGUAGCCUCUAGCUCCAUGUUCUGCCUCUGUCCUGUAGCCUCUAACCCCCUGUUCUGCCUCUGUCCUGUAGCCUCUAACCCCCUGUUCUGCCUCUGUCCUGUAGCCUCUAACCCCCUGUUCUGCCUCUGUCCUGUAGCCUCUAACCCCCUGUUCUGCCUCUGUCCUGUAGCCUCUAACCCCCUGUUCUGCCUCUGUCCUGUAUCAAAUCAAAUCAAAUCAAAUUUAUUUAUAUAGCCCUUCGUACAUCAGCUGAUAUCUCAAAGUGCUGUACAGAAACCCAGCCUAAAACCCCAAACAGCAAGCAAUGCAGGUGUAGAAGCACGGGGCUUCCUGUAGCCUCUAACCCCCUGUUCUGCCUCUUUCCUGUAGCCUCUAACCCCCUGUUCUGCCUCUGUCCUGUAGCCUCUAACCCCCUGUUCUGCCUCUGUCCUGUAGCCUCUAACCCCCUGUUCUGCCUCUGUCCUGUAGCCUCUAACCCCCUGUUCUGCCUCUGUCCUGUAGCCUCUAACCCCCUGUUCUGCCUCUGUCCUGUAGCCUCUAACCCCCUGUUCCGCCUCUGUCCUGUAGCCUCUAACCCCCUGUUCCGCCUCUGUCCUGUAGCCUCUAACCCCCUGUUCCGCCUCUGUCCUGUAGCCUCUAGCCCCCUGUUGUGUCCUGUAGCAUCUAACCCCCUCUCUGUCUGGUC